UUUGGGUCUCUCAGUUUUCCUGUUGACCGUUCCGAUUCUGCAAGAGUUCCUCUUCCUCUUCCACUCGGAAAACUGAGCAACCUCCUCGGGUAAAAACAACUUCCCCAUCUCAUCCCAGAUCGAACGAACGAACCCAUCAGCAACAGCCCCCGAUCACCCACCCGCGAUGGUCGCUGCGACGGAUAACCCAUACUUGGCCCAUAUGGAACAGUCAGGUGCACUCGAUGGCUUCAUCCCUAGAAAGCUAUCCGGUAAACAGGUCUUGGAGGCCAUGGAUCACCCCACAAACCCUUUCACCGGAAAGAAAUACUCCCCACAGUAUAAAACCAUUCUAGAACAGCGCAAGGCUUUACCCGUCUUCAAACAGUUUCGCUCCCCAUUCAACCUGAUAAACUAUAACAUUCGAACCCAAACCUCGACCUGGCCUCUCUUUCACUCGGAAUCGUCAUCAGAUGGCAGAUUUUUAUAAGAUGUACAACAAGAGCCAGUUUGUGGUUAUGGAAGGUGAAACAGGCUCAGGGAAAACAACUCAAAUUCCACAGUAUGCGAUCUACGGCGAUCUUCCUCACAUGAAAAACAAGCAGAUUGCUUGUACGCAACCAAGACGAGUAGCAGCCAUGAGUGUUGCAAAGCGUGUGGCUGAUGAGAUGGACGUCAAGCUUGGCGAAGAGGUCGGAUACAGCAUCCGAUUCGAAGAUUGCACCAGUUCAAAGACAAUUUUGAAGUACAUGACCGAUGGUAUGCUGCUCCGAGAGGCUAUGCAUGAUAAUACCCUUUCGCGUUAUUCGACGUUGGUACUCGACGAGGCUCAUGAACGUACCCUUGCAACCGAUAUAUUGAUGGGUUUGUUGAAAGACAUUGCAAAACGCCGGCCUGACUUGAAAAUUGUCGUCAUGUCUGCCACUCUUGACGCGGCCAAGUUCCAAAGUUAUUUCAAUUCCGCACCACUGCUCAAGGUCCCCGGACGGACAUUCCCGGUCGAAACGUUUUAUACGCCUGAGCCUGAACCCGAUUAUCUCGAAGCUGCGAUCCGUACAGUCCUGAUGAUCCACAGAGAUGAAGAACCGGGAGAUGUAUUGGUCUUCCUCACCGGUGAAGAAGAAAUUGAAGACGCGUGUAGAAAGAUUAGUAUCGAAGCCGAUCAGCUUCUCUCUACUUCCUCGCUUGUCGGUCCAUUGAAAUGCGUACCACUUUACUCAUCUCUACCUCCCCAACAACAACAACGGAUCUUUGAUCCACCGCCACCACCGCUUACUCCAAAUGGACCUCCCGGUCGAAAAGUUGUGAUAUCGACAAACAUCGCCGAAACCUCAUUGACGAUCGACGGGAUUGUGUAUGUGAUCGACCCAGGAUUUUCGAAACAAAAGAUUUACAACCCACGUAUUCGAGUCGAAUCUCUGCUAGUCUCACCUAUUUCAAAAGCUUCUGCUCAACAACGUGCCGGGCGAGCCGGUCGUACACGACCUGGGAAGUGCUUCAGAUUAUACACCGAGAGCAGUUUUGUUAAGGAAUUAGAAGACCAAACCUACCCCGAGAUCUUGCGGUCGAACCUAGCCAGUGUGGUACUAGAAUUGAAGAAGUUGGGGGUGGACGAUUUGGUCCACUUUGACUACAUGGAUCCUCCAGCACCCGAAACAGUCAUCAGAGCUUUGGAACUGUUGAACUAUUUGGCUGCCUUUGAUGAUGAGGGGAAUCUGACCCCCCUUGGGGAGAUCAUGGCCGAAUUUCCGUUGGACCCUCAAUUGGCUAAGAUGUUGAUUUCUAGCCCGGAAUUCAAAUGUAGUAAUGAAAUAUUGAGUAUUGCCGCAAUGUUGUCUGUGCCCAACCCAUUUCUUCGACCUCACAAUCAGCGCAAGGAAGCUGAUGAUGCAAGGGCGCAAUUCACCCACCCCGAAGGUGAUCAUUUGACGCUUUUGAACUUAUACCAUGGAUACAAAUCCAGCUCCGAUCCCAAUGGCUGGUGUUGGAAGAACUACGUUGCCAACAGAGCGAUGGCGCAAGCGGACAAUGUGCGAAAUCAGUUGAAGAGGACGAUGGAAAGGUUCGAUCUCGACCUCGUUUCCAUCGAUCAUAAGCACAAGGACUAUUUCAAGAACAUCCGGAUGGCUGUCACCACUGGUUACUUUAUGCAAGUGGCCCAUAAAGAACGUGAGAAGGGCGUGUAUACCACCAGGGAUGGUCAGAUCGUCGGCUUGCAUCCCAGCUGUGGACUCGAUAGUAGUCCCGAAUGGGUCCUGUAUAAUGAGUUCGUCUUGACUACUCGGAAUUUCAUCAGGAUUUGCACGGAAGUGAAGCCGGAAUGGUUACUAGAUUUUGCGCCGUUGUACUACGAUGUGAAUACGAUGCCGGAUGGAGAAGCGAAACGGGCGUUGCAGAGAAUCGUGAUCAAGAAAUCUAAUCAUGCGUCUUCUUCCUCUAGACGGACUGAAAACGAUCAGGAUCCGGAGUCUAAGGCUAGGAAACGUCAACGCAAGUUGGACAAAAAAUUAAAGGCUGAAAAAUAGUCUUCGUUUUCCUCUUCUCUCUCUCUCUCUUUUUUUUUUUCUAAAACAAACAACUUUUUUUGUUGGGGCAGCUUGUUGGAUAUUUCCUUUUUAUUUUGUGAUGGUUCAAGUUGUGAUGGUGAGAAUAGAAUAGAAUAGAUUGGGUGGCUCUGUUUUUUUCUUCUUCUUCUUUAGGCUCGAGCUGUGGCGAUGUUUUUCUUUUCAACAAUGUGUCUUUUUCUCCUCCUCCAUCGCACACUCAAAACUAAGAACGUAAGAUUUAUUAAACAGA